AUGGUUAUAGAGAUAUAUGGUUUGGUUCAUAAGGAAAGUUUUCAGAAGGCAAGCCUCUUGGCCUCUGAUCUUCAUGAAUCACACCAUGAAAUAUUUGAACAGCCUAGAAUAUGUGGAAUGUUUGAGUUUGAAUGGGCGGACUUCAUAAGGACAACAAAGAAAAAACUUGGCGGAGCAUACUGGAUCUAUAAUCAUGAUGUGUUGGUAAUAAUAGAUGGGAAUCCACUAGGUUCGGAAGAGGAUCUAGCGAAUUGGGCUGAAAGGGAAUUCAACAUUACUGACUACCGUCCUAUGACAUUAUAUAGCGCAUUGGCAAUUGAUGCCUAUCAAAAAAGACUACUUCAUUUUAAUAGAAUACAUGUUUCCAUGCAUAUAUCAAUCGAUGGGGAGAAGUGUGGCAUUUUACUACUUGAGUUAUACUCUGACUUUGUGCCAAAAACAUGUGAAAAUUUCAGGUCAUUGUGUACUGGCGAGUAUGGAGUGAUUAAGAAAAACGAGGUGGAGAAAUAUAAAAUGAAUUAUAAGGGCACGAAAUUUUUCCGUUUGGUAAAAAAUGGAUGGAUUCAAGGUGGAGUAUAA